CGUCGACCGGUUUAGUUUGCCGCUGUCCGUCCAUACGUUCGUUGGCGCGCUUCCAGUACACCAGUCGAUCGUUGUUUCAGUUUAUGUAUAGGAUCAUCAGUAUUUGCUUUCUGCUGUCCCGGGUUCUUUAUGCGUUGUUUGCGCGCUUUGCAUACAAUGGAAUUAUUCUUGGUGUGGUGAUUUAUGGUCAAAUUAUGCGCUUUUCGCGAGACGGCUGGAUUGUGCGUCGCCAGAAGUGCUCUUCCCCAUGUGAAUGUGAGUGGAAAUCGACACAAACCGAUGUUUGUUGGAUGAUGUUCGCUGUUCCUUUUUUGUACGAGAAAUUGUGAUUGUGCGUAUAUUGAUGCUUUGAAAGGAAAAAAAUGCAGCAUAGUGCCGAUGAAAAGAUGCGGGAAAGUGUGUGGCCUGCAUAUUAAAAAAAAAUUGAGAAGAGAAAAUUAUUCAAAAUUAAACACACAUUCGUUCAUAAUUCGUGCCCUCGACAAAGGAAGUGGUGAGACGAUACUCUCCCUAUGGUGUUAACGCCAGAUCACGCACUGUGUGUCUAGAAUUUUGGAAAAGACACAAGAGUUUGUAGAACCGCUGGGAAAGCGAUGGGAAAAGGAAUCCGAUAUUAGUGAGCAUAGAUAACAGCUCGACAUAUGUUUUGUGUCGCUUUACAAUUUCAGAGUAAUCGCUUUUGUCUGGAGCUAAAUUGAGUGUAUUUCGGAGUUGCAACCAGAAGAAAGUUGAACAUGAGAAGCGUGAAGCUGCUAAGAAUAUCGGGUUAAAGAAACGACAUUUUCAAAUCAGUGAAUUGCGGACUAACUUUUUGCGACUUUUAUGGAUAAUAUCGAACGACAACGACCACGGCGAAUUCUAUAUUAAGUCAGAAGAGUCACUACGAGUGCGACACAUGCUGGAUAGACGAUACCACUUACGAAUUGCUCCAUCAGCUGGCCAGCGCACCAAACGAUAAUAAUCAACGAGAAUAACUGUCAUUUUGUGGUCACUGGGUACCGCCCGGCUGAUUACCCAUCGGUAACGCACCAUAACAGAAUUGGCAAAACUGCUACGGCAUGCGCCUAGCCUAAACUAAACCAUUCAAUCAGCAGACUCAGUGGUAGUCAAGUCUUGUUCCAACCGAAGAGUUAUUGGCCGCCACCGUCGCCGAUUGAAAAACGAUCCUAGCUACCCUAAGCCCUUUCCUAGCGGAUAUAUGGCGCUUGAGCUUUGGUUUCGCAUUAUCUUACCACAGAGCCCGAGUGGGUGGCUCAUGCUCGGUAGUUGGAACCUCCAUGAGCCCUCAAUUCGAAUGCAGGGGAACGUAGAAGAUUGUGCAUCGCUGGACUACCAGUAAGUGUGCGGUGGCGCGUACAAGACUAGAUGGAGUAAAAUCCCUCUCUAUCACCGAACCGUGCAGUUGAACCGAGUGAGUUUUGUAGUACCAAUAAAAUAAUGCCAUAGUGCACACUUAGUGCAGAAGAAAAAAAAGCAUUUAAGAACACUUAAAACGACGCGCACGCUUAAGUCUUCCUUACGGCCCGCGUUUUUUCCUGCCGAGAGAAUGGGGGCAGAAAAGUGAAGUGGUCUGGCAUUACUUAACCGUAAAUUACCAUUUGGAAUUCGGAAUUGUAAUUCGAGUGAAUGCAUAAGCAAUGAAGUGAGUUGUAAAAAGCUGUGGGCUGUGUAUGUUCCGCAUGCCUAGUUGAACAAGAAGCAAAACAGAGCAAAAAAUUUAAGCCAGACUGGCCGGAGUGAAUGUAAAUAAAGAAACCAUCGUCAUUAAUAAACCCGUCGGAAGUGAACUGGGGGCUUCUUCGGAUCUCUGGUGAGCCCAAUUAGGUAAAAACCUACAGACCUCCUUUGGAUAAUCCAUAAGUGACAACCGGCACCCUAGCCGAUAGAAGAGGCUAUCAAUACGCUGGAUACGUGGCCGCAUUCGGGAAGGGAGACAAGAUGGUGCUCUGCGACAGUGAUUUAGGUAUAGAAUUCAACUCACAAAUGGCUUUGACUGAUGUUGCAAUAGAUGUAACGGGCAUCUCGCAGAAGUGGAACAAGCUGCGUCGUCGCUGUGCAUCGUUUAAAACAGUCUCAGGUCCAGCGUCACUCGAUUCAGACACCAACUUUAUUCUGGCCGAGCAUCCGGCCCACUACCAGAUCAUAGCGGCCGGUCCAGUUCCGGUUCAAGUUCAACAGCAACAGCAGCCCCAUCAUCAUCACCACCACCACGGUCACAAUCGACAUCAUCAUCAUCAUCACCACCAUCACCAUCAACAUGACCACGAGCGCCAUCUAGCGGAUCAAGCGCACUUUGCACAUCUUCACGAUCCGAACUGGGAGCUGAGACAUUCCAGCUCCAGCUCGACGUCCACAUCUUCCUCCACGAUUGGGCCUCCUCCGAUCUAUGCUGCGGAAGAGUACUGGCAAAUCCACGAAAGAGAUGUGAAACUGUGGCGGCUCGGAGCUCAUCAAACGUACGCCCAUAGGAUCAGAGUGACACCCAACCAGCGGCGCAGUGCCCAUAGUAUCGAUUGGGAGUACAACGUGCACAAAUAUGAAAACAUGGUUGACCACACCCAAGUUUCCCCUGCUCGACUUUUUCGACACGAAAAACUCCAGUAUUACGAUGAAGUGUCCAGUGCUAAGAAGAAAAACUCCAUCGGUGCUAGUGAAAGUGAGAGUGGAAUAAAAAUUGCCAAAGAGAUCAAACUGCCUAGUCUGAAAACUUUCAAGUCGGCGUCUAUGCGUCUGCCCGGUCAAAAGUCUUCCAUAAAUGAGGUGCAACAACUGCUUAGAAGUAAGUUCAAUCGAAUUCAUGCAGGUCUCCGCAAAAGACGAGCACUUUCCGUUCAGGAAGUGUUCCAAAUGCCCGCGCAGACCACCCCUACGAAGCCAACUUUCUACGUUCCUUCACCGCUGGUCGGUGAGCGAAACCCUCACAACCCAUCCCGAUACGAAGAAGAUCCUAACGAAGAUGAGGACGGUCCUCUCAGCUUACCGUACAUCAACGAAACCCUCUUCAAAGUGGACGAUUCCAAUGUUAACCUGCGAGAUCGAUCACUUAGCCCGCGAAAAGAACGCACCAAAACCUGGUACCGCAACAUCGAUCUCAACGCACCCGCCCAAAAGUCCGAUCAGGACGCAUCGAAGCCAAAACCCUCCGCCAAACCAUCCAUUCCCGUCACUGAAGACGAUCAGCCUGAAACACCCAAAGAGAAACCCAGCUUCGCUAUCGGAGGUCGCGUUUCGUUACGCGAGCGCGUCGAAAACAUGAACCUCAACCGACUUCGAUCCAAAACUUCCACCAACGGCACCUCGCCUAGUCCGGUGCCCAGAAAGCCAAACGAACAGCGCAAAAUUCGUCCCCGAAGCCAUUCCCCGCUCAGAAAUAUCAAAAUUAAUCUGUCCAGUAUCGGAAUUGGGACACCUACCGGUGAAUCGACGCCAAAACCCAAACGGGACUCAAUUGGCCUACUUGGCCGACUGAACCGCAUGAUGCACGGCGGUAGCAGUCCCUCGCCGGAAAAGUCCAACCGUGUCACUGCCAAAGAUGGCACCACCGUAAACGGCGGUACGGCGGUGGCACGUUCGACAACAAAAACCGACAGUGGCGAUUCUAACGGCUCGGCUGCCAAAACUAAUGCCACUGGUGGUGCGCCUUCCGUUAGCUACAGCGGCAAUGUUAGUAAACAGUCCACCAUCCAGAAGUUGUCCCAGCUUAGCAGUGGGAAUCGACGGGACUUAGCGGCCCAAACGGAAACCAACGGCAUCGGACGUGACCGGAAAUCUAAGCAGAUUACCGACAGUUCCACUAAAUCUUCUGUAUCGGCCAAUGGUCUUUCCAAGCCCACUUCAGUGACGUUCAUCAAGGUUCCGGACCCUCACCACCAGCGAAACGGUACCGGCCCGGCCGAGGACGACGAUCUCGACGAUGAGGAAAUCGAGGAGAGCAAAUUCUGCACCCUACCGCGAAGUGGCCCCAAUGCAUUUACCAUUCGACAGGCACGAUUUGUCAAAGGAAACGGCGCCAAAGCACUCGGGUUCUCGAUAGUCGGCGGAAAGGACUCCCCAAAGGGAUCGAUGGGUAUCUACGUGAAAACGAUCUACCCCAACGGGCAGGCGGCGGAGAAGGGCACCCUCCAGGAGGGCGACGAAAUCUUGUCGGUCAACGGAAAAGCCUUCCAAGGUCUUUCCCACCAGGAAGCGAUCGAUGUGUUCAAAUCGAUCAAAACCGGCGACGUGGUCAUACUGCUCGGCAGGAGGAACAACCGUCGGAAGCUGGACACUCCUUCGCCGCAGUGAGUCGAUUUUGGUGGUUUCAGCGAAAAUGCUUUGUGGAAUGCUUGAUUUUUGUCAAACUAAAAAUUAGGAUUUCUUAAACAACAUUUGCAAUUAUUAUUUUAGUAAGGAUAACAAUCGAACAUUUUGAGAAUGCAAAAAUCAGAUCAGGGAGUGCCAAAUUGAAACACUUUCAAUCUCAAAUUUCUGGCAGCUUGAACCAAAUUAUGAAAUGAAUCAUAAAUAUUUUUAUUAUUUUUCAUAAUGUUAAUAGUAAGACAAGCAGACCUAACUAGUCCAUGACUCUUUAAAAUUAUAAAACGAAUAUAAAAGGCUUUCUUUGGAGCGAGACAGAAUAUACCAAUUCACUUAAACGCCUAUAAAGUUUUGUUUAACCAUACCAAAGGAUUGUCAUCAAAUGUAUGCUCGGAAGAUGGGAAUAAAUUGCAGUGCGAUGAUGUGAGUUUCUUUAUACUUUAUUUGUAAAACUCUUUGUAUAUCUUUUGUUACAUUAAUUGAAUAUCAAUAUUCAGUGUGAGCGCGUAGACGCGAAACAAGCUGGAGACCAUUUAUAUCUUUUAUUUUGUUUUGUUCAUAGUUCUACCACGUUCUUAUUCAAUAUACCAGUAAAUUCAGUGAAUAUAUUAUAUCUACUCAAAGAAA